GCGCCACCGCCCUCACCAAAUCCACCGUGUUGGACCCGUGCAAUGUACUGGGGCGGGGAGCUCGCCUCUUCUGUGAUCGGACCUCUGGCUGACAGCGAGAAGCGCGAGACGCUCGCCCUCCUUCUCACGUCGACACCAGCAUCAUGUCGGCCGCCGACGUUGCCGCAGCCGGUGCGAGCACCCCUUCCUCAGCCAACUUUGGGCGACAGCUAUGAGAGCGAUAAGAUGGUCGGAGGUUCGCCCUUUGUGUCCGCUGAGGCUGUGCUCUCCGCCGAGGCUGUGAUCUACGAGAGCGCUGCCCGAGCAGCGCUCCGAGCAGAGGCGUUGGCGAGAGAGGCUGAGGAGGCUACGAGGCGUGAGAACUCGAUGCAGAAGAGGCAGCUGGAUGGACGCGUGUGCUUUGAUCUCCGACAAGUUGACGGCGGCUCGUCAACAAAGCCCAAAGUCGCGAGCAGCGUCUGGAUUCAGGGUGCCCAGAGGUGGGCUUGAUACAUGAUAGAGCGAGAGAGGAGCGUCGUCGUAGCCGCGUGUCACGUGACUUUGGGAUGCGUCGUUAGCCGUGCUUCAUUGAGUAUCCCUGCCAGUGUAUGUCGUUGGCCAUGAAACUAGCUCGCUUCCGCAACCCCGCCCUUGAGUUAGGCGGCUCCCGUGGUGUCCCUGUGUUCGUGCCAGUGCGCGCCAGUCCCGUUCCGAGAGGCUGUAAAUUCUUUUUGUCGGUGCUGUUCGCUAGCAUGAGCACUCUAUUGAGUGGCGGCGGCGGUCCUCUAUUGACGGCUGAGCUACUGAAGCUGAUCGUGCGCCUGCUCAAGAAAUUGCCAAAAUUGGCCCUCAGAUUUGUGCUCACUGCCCUCUCGCCUGGCGCGCACUUCAAGCGGCUGGCGCUCGUCACCGCUCUGCAGGCGCUUGCGUCGCUGGUGCACUACGCGCGCAAGCUGUGGGCGCGCGGCUCGAGCGUGGCGUGGCAGCGGCUCGCCAAGGCGAGGAACUACGACGAGUACUCCGUCGCGGCGCGCGAGGUCGAGUCGGACGCUCCGCCGGCCGGCGACGCGCUCUCGGGCCCGCAGGAGAGCUUCUUUGCGACGCUGCGUGAGCGGGCUGCCAACUACGCGAGGCUGCAGGCCGAGGGCGACGAGUACGGCCUCAUGUUCCACCUCCGCUCCGAGCUGAUGCGGCAGCAGCUCGGCAACCGCGGCUACGCGCGCGAAGGCUCAAAGUGGCUUCGCGAGCACUCGACCGCCCGCGAGGCCAUCGCGCACUACCAGGCCCACGUCUGCGAGGCGCUGCGGUACAUUGCGUCUGGCGCGGCGCCCUCGUCCUCCGCCGCACGGCAGCGCCUCGCCUUCGUCAACGAGACGCGCCACUCCUACGGCCAACACCGCCCUCCUCCUCCGGGCCUCGGCCGCCGCACCGCCCUGCUACUCUCGGGCGGCGGCGCGUUCGGCGUCAAGCACAUCGGCGUCGUGAUGGCGCUGCACAAAGAGAGCCUGAUGCCCCGCAUCCUCUCUGGCACAUCGGCCGGCUCGAUCGUCGCUGCGUAUUGCGGCACAAAGACGGACGAAGAGCUGCAGGAGAUGCUCUUUGAGGACCCGACGCAGCACAUCGUCGCCCUCCUCUCCUCCCUCCCCUUCUUCGGCGCGGCGAGGCCGUUGAAGAAUGUGGCACAGGGAAAGGUGAUGAUGGACCAGGGCGUGCUGCGCGACGCGCUGCGUCACUUGUGCGGCGACUUGACUUUCCUCGAGGCGUUCGACCGCACCGGCCGGGUGCUGAACAUCGUCGUCACACGCUCGGAUGGCCGCGCGCCGCCGCUGCUCUGCAACUACCUCACGACGCCGCAGAUGGUCGUCUACUCGGCGUCGCUCGCGUCGUGCUCCAUCCCCGGCGUGUACGACGCGGUCGAGCUGAUGGCAAAGGACCGCCACGGCGCCCUCGUCCCGUACUUCAAGACGGGCGGACACCGGUGGCUGGAUGGCGGGGCGGGCAGCCAGCUGACCUGGCAGGUGGCGCUUCACGCCACGUGGACGGACGGCGGCUUGCAGGCCGACCUCCCCAAGCAGGGGGUCAACCAGUUCAUCGUCUCGCAAGUCAACCCCGUCGCCCCGCUCGUCGUGCCCGCCCCCGCGCCGCCCCUCGUCACCGAAACACUCCUCUGCCUCAAGCACCAGCUGCUCGGCGCCCUGUCCGGCCUAAGCCAGUUCGCCUCCGGCCACCUCAUCCGGCCCUUCGGCUUCCGGGUCGCCGACAUGUUCCUGCAGGAGUACGAGGGCACCGUCACUAUCUACCCGCGCUGGUCCGUCCUCGAGCUCCUGUCCUUCCUCUCCAACUUUACCGUCUCGCGCGUCGAGGCGUACAUCCUCGACGGCGAGCGAGCCACCUGGCCUCACCUCGAGCUCAUCCGCUCUCUCACCGACAUCGAGUACACUCUCGACGCGGUGGCGGCCGAGCUGCAGUGCGUCGUCCACGGGAAGCUGAUGCGCCAGCACUCGCGCUCCUCGUACGGCGGCUCGUCGGCCCAGCUCGCAGAGAUGGGGAACAGCAGGCCCUCGCGCGCCAACUCCAACGCAGACGAGCAGCCCGCCGACGCGGCGAGCAGCACGCCACGCAAGAUGGUCGGCGUCGCAUCGCACGCCUCGCUCUUUGCGCUCGGGUCGUCACUCGACCUCGCCGGCGGCGGGGAUGAGCCUCCGGCCUCGGUCGGGUUUAGCCUCUGA